AUGGUGGACCCCGAUAGCAAUGAAUCCAGUGCCACAUAUUUUAUUUUAAUAGGCCUUCCAGGCUUGGAAGAAGUUCAGUUCUGGUUGGCCUUCCCAUUGUGCUCCCUGUGCCUUAUUGCUGUGCUAGGUAACCUGACAAUCAUCUACAUUGUGCCGACUGAGCACAGCCUACAUGAACCCAUGUAUAUUUUUCUUUGCAUGCUUUCUGGCCUUGACAUCCUUAUCUCCACUUCAUCUGUGCCCAAAAUGAUGGGCAUCUUCUGGUUCAAUUCCACUAUCAUCCAAUUUGAUGCUUGUCUGCUACAGAUGUUUGCCAUCCACUCCUUAUCUGGCAUGGAGUCCACGGUACUGCUGGCCAUGGCCUUUGACCGCUAUGUGGCCAUUUGCCACCCAUUACGCCAUGCCACUGUGCUAAUGUUGCCUCGUGUUACCAAGAUUGGCCUGGCUGCUGUGGUAUGGGGUACUGCACUUAUGGCACCCCUGCCUAUCUUCAUCAAAUGGCUGCCUUUCUGCCACUCCAACAUUCUUUCCCAUUCCUACUGCCUACACCAAGAUGUCAUGAAGCUGGCUUGUGCUGACAUCCGUGUCAAUAUCAUCUAUGGCCUCAUUGUCAUCAUUUCUGCCAUUGGCCUGGACUCACUUCUCAUCUCCUUGUCAUAUCUGCUUAUCCUCAAGACUAUGUUGGGCUUGACACGUGAAGCCCAAGCAACAUUUGGUACUUGGGUCUCUCAUGUAUGUGCUGUUUUCAUAUUUUAUGUACCUUUCAUUGGAUUAUCUAUGGUGCACCGUUUUGGCAAGCGGCAUGACUCCCUCUUACCCAUCAUCAUGGCCAACAUCUACCUGCUUGUUCCUCCUGUGCUCAACCCUAUUGUUUACGGAGUCAAGACAAAGGAGAUCCGGCAGCGAAUACUUCGUCUUUUCCAUGUGACUACCCAUACUUCAGAUCCCUAG